CCUAUUUGGUAAGAAUGAAAAGAAAAGGAGAGUUUUUUGGUGUGUAUCAUUUUUUUCAAUCUCUUUCAGAAACAUUCCGUCAAAUCCCACUGCUUAAUUCUCGUCGAUCCUGCUUCUUCAGUCUUCACUUCACGCCCGCCUUCGAAGAUUCCAUGGAACUUCUCUAAUUUUCUCCAUCUCCUCGCAGUAGUUGUCUCGACCCCCCCGUUCUUUCCCUGAGUGCAAUCAGCUAUCUCCCUGGUCUCUUCUCAAGUUUUUCCUCGCAUGGCUUCGUCUGAGAUUGAGGUUGUAGCAUCACCCAACUCGAAAUCUCAGACAAACCCUGAAGUUGCCAUUGUAGACGUUUAUUCUGCUUCUGCUUAUGGCGACUUCCAGAAAGUGAGGAGUUUCGUUGAAGAGCAUGGAGCUUCUGUUUUGGUUCCUGAUUCCAAUGGGUACUAUGCUUUGCAAUGGGCUGCUUUAAACAACUUCCCUGAUAUCGUCCAGUACAUCAUUGAGCAUGGAGCGGAUGUCAAUUCCUGUGACAAAUUGCAGCAGACAGCACUUCACUGGGCAGCAGUUCGAGGUUCAAUUAUGGCUGCGGACGUACUCCUAUUGAAUGGAGCUCGAGUGGAGGCAGCUGAUAUAAAUGGGUAUCGGGCAGUUCAUGUUGCUGCUCAAUAUGGACAGACUGCAUUCUUGAAUCACAUUGUUGCCAAAUUCCACGCUGACUUUGACGUUCCAGAUAAUGAAGGGAGGAGUCCUCUUCAUUGGGCUGCAUACAAAGGAUUUGCAGAUACAAUUAGACUUCUUUUAUUCAGAGAUGCAAGCCAAGGAAGACAAGAUAAAGAAGGUUGUACCCCUGUGCAUUGGGCUGCAUUAAGUGGAAAUGUGGAGGCAUGUACUGUUCUUGUGCAUGCCGGAACAAAGCAAGAAUUGUUGAUCAAAGACAAUGCCGGUUAUACUCCUUUCCAGCUUGCAUCUGAUAAAGGUCAUCGGCAAAUUGCUAAUUUCCUCUCUAAAGCACAACGGACACAUCACAGCCACUUUGGAGCAAAAUUUUGUACUAGGAAGAUUAAAAAUUUUGGUUAUGCCCCUAUUUUACUAUGUAUCAUCAUCAUUCUCGUGAUCCUCUUCAUCAACUCAGUUCUUGGAGGCUCUAAUCUUGCGAAGGUUACUGCUGUUGUUGGACUUUGGGCAUGGGCGGCCCUCUGUUUGGCAUUUAUUGCUAUGAUAAUGUUUUAUACGUGUAGUAGCAAGGAUCCAGGCUACAUAAAAAGACCCGAGGAGUUGGGCAAUCCUGCCAAUACAGAGGAUCCUUUGUUGAGCAUUGAUCUCAACAAUUCUUCAGUAUGGAUGGGGAAUUGGUCUCAACUAUGCCCCACUUGCAAGAUAAUUAGACCCGUUCGUUCGAAGCACUGUCCUACUUGUAAUCGAUGUGUGGAACAGUUUGACCAUCACUGCCCGUGGAUAUCUAAUUGUGUGGGGAAGCGGAAUAAACGGGAUUUUUUGGUCUUCGUCUGUUUGGGAACUUUGACAUCACUCCUUGCUGGCUGUAUUGCCAUAAAAAGAAUCUAUGAAGUGCCUUCAGCAUUGCAAACCAGAGAAACUUGGUUUCUUCAUGUGGUAGUUCAUUAUCCCGGAGUCGUUAUAUUUCUUUUUCUGGACGGUAUCAUAUUUUUGGCUGCCACAACUUUGACCGUGGCUCAGGCAUCUCAGAUAGCACGAAAUAUCACCACUAACGAAGUGUCAAAUGCCAUUCGCUAUGGAUAUCUUCGUGGUCCAGAUGGGAAAUUUCGGAAUCCAUAUAACCAUGGAUGUCGAAAGAAUUGCUCUGAUUUCCUCAUUCAUGGCUAUAUAGACGACGAGAUCGCUUGGCCUCCACUACAGCGUGCUGCCAGUUAGAUUGAUUGCGAUUGCACAGGUUUAUGUAAAUUAGUCAUAUUCCUGGACUCUUGGCAUCUCAAAACCCUUUAGAGCUGAGUAUUGGUCAACGUCGUUGCCCGAUAUCGAACUGUUGUUGUCCUAAUGGUUCUUAAUCUACGAACGAAUUAGAGUGUCCGUGCUGUCUAACCGAUAUUGUAAGCCAGGAAAUAGGAUAGAAAUGAAAGGUCACAGAUAGAUAAUGUUAUUAGUUGCAUUACCAAAUAAUGAAUGCUACAACUGACUGUAAAAUUCAUUUGCUAUAGUUCUGAUGUAACUUGGAAACUCUAAUUUUCACACCUGAGGAUUGAAGAUCUUAGCUGCUUGUUUCUCUA